AUGGCAUGUGCAUCUUCGAAUCGCUUUGACAUUCAAGAUGAAGAAGCUAACUCGGCAUUUCUGGUUGGUAAACGUGACGUUCUCUUGAAUAAUUAUCAGUCCGCAUGUGAUCAUUUAUCAAAAGCGUGUGAGCGAAUCGUUCAAUUGCGUGGAAAUGACACGACACCUGAACUCGCGGAACCAUAUUUUUACUACGGUCAAGCUCUGCUCUAUCUGGGUCUCGGUGAGCAGCAAGUCUUCGGAAGUGAUAUUGUGAAAGAUGAAGAUAAUGAUGAAAAUGAAGGGGAAAGUGAAGAAGACGAAGAUGUUGAUAAUGUUGAUGGUGAAGAAAAACUUGGUGAAGGGGUGGAAAGAAAAGGAGAUGGUGAAGGUGAAAAAGCAGAUGAUUUAAUUCCUGAUGAUGAACAAGUGAAUGAUCUGGAACGUGCUUUUGAAAUACUUGAAUGUGCCCAUAUGAUCUACUCAAAAAUGUUAGAAACAGAACCAAACGAUGCUCACAUUAUAACGCGUUUAGGUGAUUUGCACGUUAUGCUCGCCGAUAUUUGUAAUGAAAACGGUGAUCACGAAAAUGCACUCUCGAAUGUUCUCAAAGCAAUUGAUUUACAAGAAACAAUUAGCGAGCAACAACGCUAUCGAUUACUUGCUGAAAGUUAUUAUAAACUAGGUUUAAUCUAUGAAUUAAUUAAUAAGUUUUCCGAAGCUGUCGAGGCGUUCGAUAAGGCAAUUAGUACACUUCGUCAAGCUAUUGAACAGGCAACUGGAGAAGAUAAAGAAAGUGAACGUGAAGAACUGAAAUCUCUUUUACCAGCCAUUGAACUUAAACGUAACGAUGCUCAAGCAUCCAUGGCCGAUAAACAUCUGAUAUCCCAGGCACGAAGUAUCGUUUCUGGUACGAAUGGAAAUAAUCAUACAACGGAUAAUAGUACGAAAGAUGCACCGGUGAAGGACAUAACAUUAAGUAUUCGACAUAAACGGCCGGCGACUGAAUCGGAAAAGACCGACGAAGAGAACAAAAAAACGAAAACGGAAGAAAAAUUUGUAAUAUCCAUGGCGAAAAGUAUGAUAAAUAUCUUAUGUCCUAGUGGACAUCGACGAAAAGCACAGAUGGCGCCGAAUAGCAAUUUACUUCAAGUACUUGAAGAUAUGUGUAGCGAAGAAAAUUUAGAUUCAUCUGAAUGGGAAUUGAUAUAUCAACGUCAUAAGUGUGAUUUGACAAUGCCAUGGCGUUUACAAAGCAUUCCAGCGAAUGCCACGUUAGAAAUGAGAAAACUCGAAGAUCGUCGAUCGACAGACGAUGUCAAUGUUCAGUUACAAUUACCCGAUAAUUCCAGAUAUUCUGGCUGGUUUGAACCUACUGUUACUCUGCAGGAGAUGCUGGAUUGGUAUCGCAUACAACCAGAAAGUAUGGUGGCAGCUAUCGAUAUUUCGAUGAGUGAUAUUUACAAUUCGUGUCCAGUUUGUACAUACAUGAGUGAAGAGGUCAUCGGAGAGUAUGCUUUGACGAACACUACAUUGCGUGAUCUUGGAUUGACUGGUGGAACAGCUGUUAUUCGAUAUAACUUGCGACCAGUCAGUGACAGUGACUUACAGAAAAUCAAUCGUCGAAUUGACGAUAAGAUUGUUCGCCGACGUCAACAGCAGUAUGAACAAGAACAGAAAAGCAAGCAACAACAACAACAAACAAGCAAAACUGCGUCGGCUCGUCCAUCCGCUUCGACUUCCUCAACGACAUCUGCAAAAGCUCCACCAUUACCACCAUCAAGCAAUGAAGAAUAUUCCAUCUUUCGCGAUCCACCUACUCGCGCGUCAGAAUCUUCUACUACCACGCGGCCACAACAGGGCCAAUCGAGAACCUUAGCUGAAGAACUCGGCAUUGACAUAUCAUUAGAUCCCGAACCCAAUAAAGUUCGAGAAAAAUCUCAAUCCGACUUUCGGGAUUUCAAAUUUCCUGCGGCGACAAAAGGUAAAAACUUGAAUCAAAAUGAAGGCGAUGACGAAUAUCGACACGCCCAGAAUGUUCGACCAUGUGAUCGGCGUCCAAUAGCAUAUGAUACCGCAAAAGCGCGAUCAACGCGUGAUAAGAAAGAUCCAAGAACUGGUGAAGCACUACCUGAAAGUUUCUACGAUGUAACAGCUGAGGAUCUACGAUCAAUGCUAAGUAGUCUACAUCAACAAAGUACCGAAGACGCACCAUUAGAAACUCGUGCUAUGCGUGAACGAACACAAUCAGACAAGUACAUGGUCUAUGAUCAGAUUGCUAUCCGACUUGUAGUUAAUCCACGCUGCAUUCUUCAAGGAUUAUUUCGUCCCGAAGAGCCGCUUUCUCGUCUAAUCGAUUUCGCUCAAACCCAUCUUAUCUGUCCACAAAUUGGCCAAGAAGGUUUUUAUUUCUAUACAACACCACCUCGUGUUGUACUAUCUGACUUGCACAAACCGUUUUCAGCGUAUGACUUAGCUCCUGCUGCUUUCGUACAUCUUGGUCAUCGAACAAUUUCGCCACUUCCUGUUCAAUUAGUAUCAAACAUGUCCAUACGAUCAAUCGACGAAGCAAAUCAGCUCGCUGCUCAAUAUGUCUUCAGUCGUGCCAGACCGAUGGAUGAACGCGAACGUGAGCGUAGUACUUUAUAUACUGAGAGGCCUAGCACAGCAGACAUCGCUACGAAUGCUACUACCCGUCCGAAACCAAGAAAUCCAACUGCUAGUAAUAUUGAUGAUAAACAACUUCGUGAUAAAUUACGUAAAUUUUUUCCAGGAAAAAAAUAA